AUGACUGGCCAUAAUAACAAGCUCAAUCCAGUCCCUGCUUAUUUCUGUUAUUCAGGAGGUUCAGGUUCAGAUGAAGAGAAUGAUGUCACCGAGCAGGAACAAGACAAAAGUCAAGUUACCAAACAAGGCGAAGACGUCAGCGACGACGGCGAUGAUGACAAUGACAACAUUAAUGAGGAUGACGACAAUGAUGAUGAUGACGAUGAUGAAAGUGAACUUACAGGAUCUGUUAGUGCCUUUACGGUAGGAGACUUGAUAGAGGCUAUGAAAACCAAGAAGAAGGCUGCAGCUCCUAGUCAGCCUAGUUCUGUAGCAUCAAGUGAAGUUUCUGCUUCAUCUAAGAAAGUUGACAUAUUAAUCUGUGGAGUGUGCUUAGAUGAUGUGAGUGAUGAAGGAGAUGAGAUAGUAGAAUGCGACAACUGUGGUAUCACUGUUCAUGAAGGUUGCUAUGGUAUUAAUGAUGAGGAGAGUGAUUCUGGGAAGAGUAACGACACGGAUUCACCCACUGAACUGUGGUUUUGUGAUGCCUGUAAGACAGGAGUGCAACCAGAUUGUGAAUUAUGCCCAAAUCUUGGUGGAAUUUUCAAGGAGACAGAUACUGGGCAGUGGGUUCAUCUGUUGUGUGCUCUGUAUACUCCAGAUGUGGCAUUUGUGAAACCUGAACAACUUCAGUGUGUCACUUUGUCCGAAGUGCCACCUUACAAGUGGGGUGCAAAGGAUUGUAAUCUUUGUGAGGAUGAGAGGUUCUGUAGGACAGGAGUGUGCAUUGAAUGUGAUGCUGGUAUGUGCAGGACAUAUUUUCACGUCACAUGUGCCCAGAUGUAUGGACUUCUGUCAGAUGUUCCAGAAGAAUGCGAUGAGGAUGUUGCAGAUCCACUGUUUGCGCACUGCAGGCUGCAUGCCGACAAAAGAACAACAGCAAGCAGGAGACGUACAUGGCUGGCAUAUCAGUCACGCUAUAAGAAAGCAGCUGAAAGGCGAUCAGUGGAAGACAAGCAAAGAGUGAACCACUGCUUGGAUGUUAUUCGCCAGGAGUUUCAGGCAAAAAGAAUGAAAAAUGUGCCAAAAUUAUACACUCCCACAGAGAAGGUUCCUCGACUUCUGAGCACAUGUCCUGGAGGUGAGAAAUUUGUAAAAACAUGUGCCGGCCAAGACAGUUAUAAGCAAUUUGCUGGA